AUGAUGACCAUGGUGUUUACAGUGGAUGAGAUUAACCGUAACUCAACCUUACUGCCAGGUGUGAGGCUAGGCUACAGAAUCUUGGACAGCUGUGACCACGUCCACACCAGCCUGAGAGGGGCGCUCUCCGUGGUCACUGGGAAGAGGACUGAGGAGCACAUAGAGAAGGGGGUGGAGGAGAGGAUGCCUGGGUGCCUGGCUGGAGCCCCUGUACCUGCUGUCGUCGGUCUAGCCUCCUCCACCCCUACAGGGGCUGUGGCUCACACCCUAGGCCCCUUCAAUAUCCCACUGGUGAGCUACUUUGCAACCUGUACCUGUCUGACAGAUAAACUCUCCUACCCCUCGUUCCUGCGGACUGUGCCCAGUGACCUGUUCCAGGUUCGUGGUUUAGUCCAGUUGGUGAGCCACUUCGGCUGGCGCUGGGUUGGCAUCCUGGGCACCUCUGAUGACUACAGUCGCUAUGGCAUCCAGGCCUUUACCCAGCAGCUGAAGGACCAGGGAGGCUGCCUGGCGUUCCACCUUACCAUCCCCAAUUCGCCCUCCCCAGCUGGGCUACGUGCCAUGGCCGACACCCUGCAGAGCUCCAGGGCUCGCGUGGUGGUAGCCUUCGCUACAGAGGGCCAGCUGCUGGAGUUUCUCUCUGAGGGCACCCUGGGCUUCUCCUUCCCAGGAGUCUGUAUCCCUGGCCUGGGGGACUUCCUGCUGAAGGUCAGGCCCUCGCCCACACCGGGGUCUGAGUUCAUCAAUAUGUUCUGGGAGGAACUGUUUGGCUGCAGGUUGGAUUUUGGGGCGGGCAGCAACUCAAAGAGUUCUGGGCUGACUGCUAUGUGUACUGGUUCAGAAGACCUGAGGGACACAGAGAGCAGCUACUCUGACGUGUCUCGGGUCAGGAUCUCCUAUAACGUGUAUAAGGCAGUGUAUGCUGUAGCCCACGCACUACACCAGCUGCUACAGUGUGACUCUACUGGACACGGACAAGCUCAGGAGAAGUGUAACACCAGCACAUAUUUUACACCCAGACAGCUCUUACACCACCUGAAGAGGGUGAAUUUCACCAAUCAGUUUGGGGAGAAGGUGCAUUUUGAUGCCAAUGGGGAGCCAGUUCCCCUCUAUGACAUUAUUAACUGGCAGAAGGUCAGCAGUGGAGAUAUCAAGUUCAAGAAGGUGGGAAGCUAUGACGGCUCUGCCCCCCUCAGCCAACAAUUGCAGAUUGAUGAGAGCGCCAUCGUGUGGAUAGGAGGGCAAUCACAGGUGCCAGUGUCUCUGUGCAGUGCCCCCUGCCCUCCAGGCAGCAGACAGGCCCGUCGUCCAGGAGAGCCUCCUUGCUGCUUCGACUGCCUGCCCUGUGCAGCUGGGGCGAUCAGCAACCAGACAGGUUCCUUAGACUGCACUAGAUGUCCUGAGUUCUACUGGUCAGACAGAGACAGGGUGAAGUGCGUCGCUGGGAUAGAAGACUUCCUGUCCUUCUAUGACACCAUGGGAAUCAUCCUGGUGUCACUCUCCCUGCUGGGUGUUGUCUCGACAACCACCGUCACAGCCAUCUUCCACCGUUUCCGUGCCACGCCCGUUGUCAAGGCCAACAACUCAGAGCUGAGCUUCCUGCUUCUCCUGUCACUCCAGCUUUGCUUCUUGUGCUCGCUGCUGUUCAUUGGGCGUCCCUCUGCGUGGUCGUGUGGGUUACGCCAGGCAGCGUUUGGGGUAAGCUUCGUGCUCUGCCUCUCCUGCCUCCUGGUCAAGACCAUCGUAGUGCUGCUGGCCUUCAGGGCCACUGUACCAGGCUCCAGUGCUCUGAUGAAACUGUUUGGACCUUCCCAGCAGAGGACACUGAUUCUCUGCUCCACCUCACCUCAGGUGUGUCUCUGUGCUGGCUGGCUCUCCAUGGCUCCUUCCAUCCCGUUUAGGAACUCUUCGUACCAGGGUCUGACUGGCAUGGUAGUGCUGGAGUGUAAGGAGCCCUGGCCCCCAGGGUUCUAUUUGGUGCUGGGCUACAUCGGCUUGCUGGCCUCUCUCUGUCUCCUCUUAGCCUUCCUGGCCAGGAAACUCCCUGACACCUUCAACGAGGCCAAGCUCAUCACCUUCAGCAUGCUGAUCUUCUGUGCUGUAUGGAUCUCCUUCGUCCCUGCCUACGUCAGCUCUCCUGGGAAGUACACUGUAGCUGUGGAGAUAUUUGCCAUCUUAGCCUCUAGUUUUGGACUGCUGCUGUGCAUCUUUGCCCCUAAAUGUUACAUCAUCUUACUGAGACCAGAGAGGAACACUAAGAAAACACUAAGAAAGGGAUGA